UUGCGGGGCUCAAACGUGAAAUGCGCGCCGACUCCGUCCACCCCUUCGGUGGGAAUCGUACUUAAUGCCCUGUUGGUACGAUUUACAACGGACGACAGCAGUUUGCGGAGCGGCGCACACGCAGCAUGGCGCACGAUUUGAACGGCAAAGUCGCGCUUGUGACGGGCGCCGCUAACGGCGUGGGCGCGGGGAUGGUGAGGCUGCUGCUGGCUGAAGGAGCGAAGCACGUCGCCAUUCUGGACAUCGAUGAGACCAGGGGAACUGCGUUCCAAAACGAGUUAAACGCUGAAUAUGGCGCCCAUAAGAGCAAGUUCUACCAGUGCGACGUCACGAACGACGAUCAGCUGUUCGCAGCGUUCCAGUCCGUCGUAGCGGGCCACGGGGGCCUCGACCUGGUAGUCAACAAUGCUGGUAUCAUGAACGAUGGCCCGCACGUGUAUAAGAAAGAAAUUUCGAUUAACGUGACUGCUCUGAUCACGAGCACCUUGAAAGCCCUAGAGCUGAUGCGCACAGACGAAGGCGGUAAAGGAGGCACCGUCAUAAACAUAGCUUCUGUCGCCGGCCUUUGCCAGUUUUCCGUCAUGCCCAUCUACUGGGCCACCAAGGCGGCCGUUAUCCAGUUCAGCAACUGUAUCGGUAAAGAGGACUACUACGAGAAGACUGGCGUCCGCGUCCUGGCGAUUUGUUUUGGAGCCACCGACACCAGUCUCAUCAGCGGUCAGAAGCUGGGUUCACUCGACAAGAACAUGGCUGGCGAAAACAUCUCUAGCUUCAUUUACGAAUCCCAUGUACAACGGAUGGAAUCAGCAGCCCAGAGUGUGAUCGAUGCGUACAAGAAAGGCUCUAGUGGAAGCACCUGGAUUGCUACUCGGGACCUCCCCGCGAUGGACAUUACUGACAACGUUAAUAGGGCCUAUGAGAUCUUGGGCGAACAUAUUUGACCGCAUGUACAGCGAGCUGCAAAAUUGUAUGAACAUAUUAUGAAUGGAAUUCAUUCAUAAAGUUAGGCAACUAAAUUAAGUGUGGAUUAUAAUUAUAAAUCCUAUUUAGUCAAAUUAAGUAUCAAAAUCGUGAAGGCUGAAAGUGACACACGGAGGUUACAGUUAAUUAUGUAAAUAAAUAGUUUUAGUUAUUCGGUAAAUUACAUUAAUUAUUUAAUUUUAAGAUGUUUCAGCAUUAUAUUGCCCUCUAAUUGUUUUUAUCAUUUGCGUGUAAAACGAAGGUGUUCUUUGGUAACUAAAAAAACUGUACCUAAUACCAAAGAGAAUUUGAAAUAGAGGUAAAUUGUCAAAGAAAACAUUGUAGCCGAUGUAAAUUUACUGGCAUCUAUCGAAACAUGAUUAAAACUUUUAGAACGCCA